AGGGGUUCCUUAGGAUCCAAUAUUCGGUAGCUCUCGUUUCUACGGCGAGGUUUUCGGUGAGGACCAGAGUCGGCAGCGGAGUAAGGCGGCUGACAGGGCAGACGUGUUUGUGUGUUUAAUAUUAUAGAGCCGGACAAUGCCGAAGAAGAAGACCGGUGCCCGCAAGAAGGCUGAAAAUCGGAAGGAGCGAGAAAAACAAAACCGCGCCAAUAGAGAGAAUGUUGAUGUGGCAAAACAUCCCUGCAAUUCAGCCAUGGACUGUGACAAGUGUCUAAGACGACAGAAAAACAGGGCAUUCUGCUACUUCUGUGCUUCGGUCCAGAAGCUUCCUAUGUGUGCCCAAUGUGGUAAAACAAAGUGCAUGAAGUCCUCUGACUGCGUCAUAAAACACCCUGGAGUUCACAGCACUGGAAUGGGUAUGGUGGGGGCGAUAUGUGACUUCUGUGAAGCCUGGGUGUGCCAUGGGAGGAAGUGUCUGAGUACACAUGCCUGCUCCUGUCCACUUUCCGACUCUGACUGCAUUGAGUGUGACCGCAGCGUGUGGGAGCAUGGAGGUCGCAUUUUCCGCUGCUCUUUCUGCCACAACUUCCUGUGUGAGGACGAUCAGUUUGAACAUCAGGCCAGCUGUCAGGUCCUAGAGGCCGAGACUUUUAAAUGUGUGUCGUGUAAUCGACUUGGGCAGCACUCUUGUCUUCGAUGCAAGGCCUGCUUCUGUGAUGAUCAUGCUCGAAGCAAAGUCUUUAAGCAAGAGAAAGGCAAGGCACCUCCAUGCCCAAAGUGUGGACACCAGACGCAGGAGACCAAAGACCUCAGCAUGUCCACUCGCACUCACAAGUUCGGCCGGCAGAGUGGGGCUGACGACGAUGACGGUUACGAUUAUGGCGCGUCAGGCUACGAUUCCUACUGGAAGAGUGUUGCGUCCGGAGGAGGCCAGGAGGAAGAGGACAAUGGAGAUGAUGAUGACUAUGAGGAUGAAGAUGAGGAAGAUGAGGAGGAGGAUGAAGAGGAUGAAGAUGAGGAAGAUGAAGCUGAUGUGGAAGAUAAACUCACCAGUCUGAAUCUUGGUGCAAGUUCAGCUAGUGGCAAAAUCCACUGAAAUAGUGUUGAUUGAAGACGUGCUGCAACUCUCAUAUAAAAGCAGUUUUAUUUUAAAACCAUGUAAACUUCAAUAAUUGGCUUAGAUUUAUAAUUUUUGUCAAAACAUUUUGCCUCACCAUAAAUGAAAAGUCUUCAAAACAGG